CAUCACCGCACAUCACUUACAUAGCCAAGAUCUGUUCAAGUCGACAGAAUCUCCUAGCAUUCUUUCUUAGACUGCCCGCCAUCUUGCAACCAAUCAUAAAGGAUCAAUAUCACGAUAUUCUCCGUCGCCUCGAUGGAUCAAGCAUUCAACGUAGACGACAUCGCGCCAAUUGCCGUGCUUAUUGACGAGUUGCGCUCGGACGAGGUCCAACUGCGACUCAAUGCUAUCCACAGCAUACCCACGAUAGCCCUUGCCCUGGGACCAGAUCGUGCACGGAAUGAGCUCAUUCCCUUCCUCCAGGACUCUGUCGAUGACGAAGAUGAAGUAUUACUGGCCCUUGCGGAGGAACUAGGCCGAGAUUUCGAGGAGUAUAUCGGCGGACCCCAGCAUGCACAUGUUCUCCUGGGCCCCCUCGAAAAUCUCUCUGCUGUGGAAGAAACUCUAGUUCGGGACAAGGCGGCAGAAUCUAUUGCCAAGAUAGCUGGUGUCCUGUCUCCUCUUCAAGUCGAAGAACACUAUAUCCCCUUGUUAAAGCGCCUGUCACAAGGCGAAUGGUUCACCUCUCGAACCUCCUCUGCUGCACUCUACGCCCCUGUAUAUCAGAAGGUGUCGCCGGCUCUGCAGGAGGAAUUACGGAAGGGGUUCUCCGCGUUAGGCGCAGACGACACGCCUAUGGUACGGCGUGCCGCUGCGCGAUCGUUGGGGGCGUUCGUGAAGGCUUUGUCCAAGCAACAUGUCCUUACGGACGGCUUGCCAAUCUAUCGCAGACUUCAUGGUGACGACCAGGAUUCAGUGCGACUGUUAACCGUGGAAGAUCUCAUUACCAUCGCCCAACAACUCACGCCACAGGAGGUAAAAGAGCAAUUGCUGAAACAAAUAAGGGUUACCGUCUCUGAUAAGAGUUGGAGGGUGCGAUACAUGGCCGCAACGCACUUUAAUGAGCUGGCUGAGGCUGUUGGUGUAGAACUCGUUAGGGAGGAGCUGAUCGGCCAAUGUGUGCAACUAUUAAAAGAUAACGAAGCUGAGGUCCGCACUGCAGCUGCUGGACAGAUUCCAGGUUUCUCGAAACUGCUGGACAGGGAGGUUAUCCUGGCUCGUAUCGUCCCCUGUGUGCGUGACUUGUCACACGACACCUCUCAGCAUGUUAGAGCUGCGUUGGCAAACCAAAUAAGUGGACUUGCACCACUCCUUGGCCGGGAAGCCACUAUUGAAAAUCUUCUCCCUCUUUUCCUGCAUCUACUCAAGGAUGAAUCCGCUGACGUCCGACUGAAUGUCAUCAGUAAACUACAGACAGUUAACGGCGUAAUUGACAUUGAACUGCUGUCUGAUAGUCUACUUCCUGCGAUUCUCGAACUUGCCGAAGAUAAGUCGUGGCGCGUUCGGCAAGCGAUUAUAGAAUACAUCCCUCUACUUGCGACCCAACUCGGAAAGCCCUUUUUCGACGAACAGCUUGGAAAUUUGUGCAUGUCCUGGCUGGGUGAUACUGUUUUCAGCAUACGCGAAGCCGCCACCAUCAACCUGAAAAAAUUGACGGAGGUCUUCGGAGUUGAGUGGGCCAGGGUUGCCAUUGUUCCCAAAGUUAUGGGAAUGGGGCAGCAUCCUAACUACUUGUAUCGCAUGACGACUGUGCAGGCCAUUGCGACUAUUUCACCUUCGCUGACGUUACCGAUUAUACAAAGCGAGAUUAUCGGCCCUCUUCUGCAGCUUGCUGCGGACCCGAUCCCCAAUAUACGAUUCAACGUCUGCAAGGCCUUAGAGGUUCUGGCCACGACAUUCGGAAGCACUGCAGAAGGCCGAGAAUUUAUCAAACAGAAAGUCGUUCCAACGUUGGAACAGGAGAAGAAUGAUGGGGAUGCUGAUGUGAGGUAUUUCUCGGUGCGAGCCUUGCAAAAAGCGGUGUCUGUGAUAGGGAUGUCAGGGUAGAAGUAUAUAUGGAACUUGUGAAAUACCCGAUUCUUUUCUUCCAUUUAUCACACUCGAGACAAAUGAGUAGUACAGUACCAGUACCAGUACCUCCUUCCAAUCGACGACUGUUGUGACUGUGAAGAAUG